AUGCCUAAUCACUCUGCCCAAGAGGGGAGCCCUAAGGAGGCUGGAGCCGGAGCCCUGCAGGCCAGAUCCCAGGAAACAGUGGCCUUCCGGGAUGUAGCUUUGGACUUCACCUGGGAGGAGUGGAGAUGCUUGAGUCUUGCUCAGAGGGAGCUCUACAGAGAUGUGAUGCUAGAGAACUACAGGAACCUGGUCUCCCUGGGACUUCUUGGCCCCAAGCCAGACCUCAUCUCCUGGUUGGAACAAAGGGAAGAGCCUGAGAUCUGGGAUCCCCUGGGAUGGGCUGCAGGAGGCACCUGUUCUUGUGAAGGAGGAGCCAGGGGAUGGAGCCACUCUACUCCUCACUUAUGUGCCGCUGUCUUUGGGGCAUUAGAUGGUGCAGAUCAGCUAAUGCAGAUGGAAGCUAAACUGUUUAAAUGUAAGGACUGUGAAAAGAUCUUCUCCAGCCACACAUGCCUUAUUAAUCAUAAAAGGAUUCAUUGUAGACAUAAACUCUUUGAAUAUGAGGAAUGUAGGAAGGCCGUCAAGCAAAGCUCACCUCUUGUUCAACACCAGAGAGUUCGUAGUGAAGAAAAACCUUAUAAAUGUAAGGAAUGUGGAAAGGCCUUCAGACACAACUCAGUCCUUGUUCAACAUCAGAACAUUCACUCUGGAGAGAAACCGUAUCAGUGUAAGGAAUGUGGGACAGCCUUCAGCCAGAAGUCAUACCUUACCAAACAUCAGAGUAUUCACACUGGAGAGAAACCUUAUCAAUGUAAGGAGUGCGGGGCAGCCUUUAGACAAAGGUCAUACCUAACUAAACAUCAUAGAAUUCACACUGGAGAGAAACCUUAUCUGUGUAAGGAAUGUGGGGCGGCCUUCAGCCAAAAGUCAUACCUAACUAAACAUCAAAAAAUUCAUACUGGAGAGAGACCUUAUCCAUGUAAGGAGUGUGGAGCAGCCUUCAGGCAGAAGUCACAUCUCAAACAGCAUCAGAGAAUUCAUGCUGGAGAGAAACCUUACCCAUGUAAGGAGUGUGGGACUGCCUUCAGUCAGAGGUCAUACCUUACUAAACACCAGAGAAUUCACACUGGAGAGAAGCCUUAUUCAUGUAAUGAAUGUGGGAUAGCCUUCAGCCAGAGGUCAUACCUUACUAAACAUCAGAGAAUUCACACAGGAGAAAGACCUUAUCAGUGUAAGGAAUGUGGAGCAGCAUUUAGGCAGCGGUCACACCUCAUUCAUCAUCAGAGAAUUCAUACUGGAGAGAAGCCUUACAAAUGUGGGGAAUGUGGGAAGGCUUUUAGGCAGAACUCAGUCCUUGUCCAACACCAGAGCAUUCAUGCUGAAGAGAAACCUUAUCAGUGUAAGGGAUGUGGGAAAGCUUUCAAUUGCAAAUCACACCUCACUCGACACCAGAAAAUUCAUACGGGAGAGAAGCCUUAUAAAUGUCAGGAGUGUGGGAAGGCCUUCAGCCAGAAGUCAUACCUUGCCAUACAUCAGAGAAUUCACACUGGAGAGAAACCUUAUCAAUGUAAGGAAUGUGGGACUGCAUUUAGGCAGAGAUCACAUCUCAUUCAACACCAGAGAAUUCAUACUGGAGAAAAACCUUAUAAAUGCAGGGAAUGUGGAAAAGCCUUUAGGCAGAACUCUGUCUUUAUUCAGCACAGGAAGGUUCAUACUGAAGAAAAACCGUAUCAGUGCAAAGAAUGUGGGAAGUCCUUUAGGCAAAACUCAGUCCUUGUUCAACAUCAGAGAAUUCAUACUGAAGAAAAACCUUUUCAAUGCAAGGAAUGUGGGAAGGUCUUCAGGCAGUACUCAGUCCUUGUUCACCAUCAGAGAAUUCACACUGGAGAAAAACCUUAUGAGUGUAUCAGAUGUGGGAAGGCCUUCAUCCGGAGAUCAGACCUGAUUUCCCAUCAGCUGAUUCACACUGGAGAGAAACCAUAUAAAUGUAGGGAAUGUGGGAAAGCCUUCAGGUGUGUUCUACAGGACAGGAAUUGCGUCACUCUUGUCUUCAGUAACCUCCAGUGGCUCCUCAUGACCACGGAGAUCAAGUUCAAGACCCCCAUUUGGAGUGCAAAGAUUGUUAUGCCUUGGUCUCGAAUCAAGCAUAACUUCCCCAUGGGCCAUUUGGAGCUCUUCAAAGCUGGCCUCUUCCUACCUUUUUGGGCUUUCAUGUGA